AUGGGCUUGCUCGUCCUGCAUCAAGGGUCACCGAAUCGAGACCUACACCACAUCAACCCCAAAGGUCGUCCUGUCAAGCAAUGCGAGCACUGUCGCGGUGCGCGCAAGUCAAAGUCCCACCACGCCAAGUGCGACUGUGGCGACAAGAAAGACAAAGACCUGCACAAGGACAAAGGCGACAAGACUCACGACAACCGCUGUCAGUGCCACUCGGGCGGAAAAUGCCUGUGCGGUACCAAGAAGGAGGACGUUGAGCUCAAGGUGGACACUACCCGCCAGACACUCCACGACGCCCGCGCGAAGCCCAAGCUGACUGGGACGCAUUCCGAGAGCCACUUGACCGUCUUCGCAAAUGGCCAUCACAAGCCGUGCCAUCGCAACAACAACUCGGCUCACAUCUCCGGUUUGCCGUACAAGAUCCCCCGUCCACACACGCUCCAUGGACACUCGGCUUUUGCCGCAUUGUCGCAAGACAAGGGUUCCCGUAGCAAGCCUGAGGCAUCUACCACACGCUCCAUGGACACGCAUUCGGUGUCGAACAAUGACUACCACACCAUGUUCGGAUCCACACAGCGAUGUGCUGACAAGCCCCUGACGCCGAAUGCAGCUGGCAGCCUUGACGCCUUCUCAUUCCCGGAUAUGUUUAGCAACCAGACUGCCGUCUACUCGCAAGAGGGCGCGUCUCCUGACAGCAAUGUCAGCGACACCUUCCCGAGUCAACAGUGGCCAUGGAUCAACAACAUAACCCCAGUCAACAGCACAUUCGGCGUGGGCAGCCUGUCCACUUCACCGUCGCAAGAUUGCCUACCCAAUCUGGAAGCUGAUUGGGUUACCUCAUCUGCCGGCUUUGACCCCAUAUGGUCUGCUACAGAUCUCCCGCUGGAUCCGAGCAAGUUCAACGACGAUCUCGCUCAGCCAAUUUCGCAUAGCGGAGAGUCUAAGCAGAGUGGCCCAGGCCUCACUGUGGCUUCGUCAGCCCAUUCGGAGAUCGGUGACACAGCCCUCUUCGGUGAUUUGGAUUUGAAGCCUCAGUCAACCGCUAGCGAAACACUGUUCUGGGAGGACACCCCUGCGUACCGUUUCAAUUCCUCGGUACCGAGUGAGUCCGUCAACGCACCUGUUCCCAUGGCCACUACGGCAUCCAUGCUGGGCUUUGAUCCCAUGUAUGCCAAAAGCAUUGCUGCGUCCGCCGCUAUGACGAGCACAGCCUCAUCUGCCUUUACCGGAUCGGCUGCCCUAGCCAUGCCUAGCAGUUUCGAAGAUGUUGUUCCCCUGGAACCAUGGUCUCUAGAUCAGAGCAAUGUUGGCUUCAACGCCGCCAUGAACAUUUUUGACUCGUCUUCUUAUUCCAACAACGCCUGGUAUUAGACGGCUGCGAAGUAACAGUAUGCUUGUCGCGCUACUGUUCCCUUUGAUGACGCACAUGAUUGAUGACGCUGCUGGUGCGAAAUGAUACCAAAACGCCCUAGGCGAUCUCUAUUCAUACCUUCAUUUGGUCCUUGACGACCACUUUUUUCUUCUUCUUGACCCUUGGUCGCCUGUGUAUAUCCUCAUGACCCGGUCCGAACUCAUUGCUGAUUGUGUUCGAGGCUGUUUUAAACAAUUUCCAGUCAUCCAAGUCAUCGCUGUCGGUUUUUAGAAGGGGUGGCCCCUGCUAGGUACACAAAAAAAGAAUACAAUAGAAAUCUGAAAACA